GCGGAGAGGCUGGGAGAAGAAGAGGAUCCUGCAGGACCUGAGAGACUUUACAAUCUACCUCUGUGGCGUGGACGAAGAAACGGAGGAAUAAUAAUUCUGCAACUUUUUCUCACCAGCUUUUCUCUCAUUCAGACCGUCCCCACAGCAGCCAGCGCUGCGGGGCAUUAAGGCAACCUGGAGGAUCAAUUUUAUUUUGAUUCCCAAAACAGAGCAGAAGAAGCAGGAGCAGCAGAGUGGAGAGCAGCGCAGCCACGACGGAGUCUGUCAGCCUUCAGAGAGCCGAGAUCCCACUCAAAUCUCUGCACUGACUCCUGAGGAGAGGUCGCUUUGGAGCUCGCAAGCUGAGUGGAAAAAAAGACCCCACGGGAGAUUAGGUCAGCUGUGGUGUUUGGCGUUUUUAAAGGACCUAAGAAGCUUUUUCCCCCUACCAAACACGCUAACGAUACGCCACGCAUGCCACAACCGUAGAGUCAGCAGCACAGAAAUAUUUCUCUAUAGUAAGUUAAGGGACGCUGUUGUUGGCAUGUUAACGCAUGCAAUUUGUUUGUUUUCCCAACGAAUAUGCACUGCUGUGGUAGAAGUGUGAGUGACAUUUCUUAAAAGUUAACUUUAAUUGAUUGUGCUGCUCAAAAGCAGCGCAAACUUCUCCUCCGGCCUGGGCUGGAGUGGCGGAGCCAAGCUAGGCAGCUAGCUAGCUCGUUAGCUAAACUGCUGCUGCGAGCAGUAACGUAGCAGUCUGUCCAGACAACAGCCCUUGUUUUUGCUCUUUCUUUAUCGACGCAGACAACGUCAGCUGCAACAGUUCAACAAACCAGAGCAGCAAAGGACACAAAGGGAGCACUCAUGUCAUGCGUUGACGCUUGUUAGCUGUGCUUUUCCAUGAGGUGGCUAACUUUAGCUGCUGCAGCUUUAGCUCAUGUUUGACUGAACACGUUGGACUCGUCCCCCCGCCCAUCUUCCGGGAUGUCUUUUAUUUAUUUUUGUUUACCUGUUGGCCCACGCCGCAAAACAAAACCAGUUUCCUGAAGGCAUAUCUCCAGUAGUCUGAACUGUCCUCCUCGCCAAAGGAUUAUUCACAAUUUGACCCGGAAUAGUGCUGGAUGGUGUCUUAUCCCGAGUCAGUGAUGUGGCUCCGGACUUUGAGUUUGUGUCUUGUUUUGACCGCUGUCGUCUUUCUGAUGAGCUGUCAUCGAGCCAAUGGAGAGAUUUGUCCAAGCAAAGACAUCAGGAACAAUGUGACAAACCUACGUUCGCUCGAAAACUGCACCAUAAUCGAAGGCCACCUGAAGAUCCUACUCAUGUUCAGGACAAAGCCCGAAGACUUCAGAGGCCUCAGUUUCCCUAAACUGAUGGUGAUCACUGACUACCUGCUGCUCUUCAGAGUUUACGGCAUGGAGAGCCUCAGCGAUCUGUUCCCCAACCUAACUGUCAUCAGAGGCAACAACCUGUUCUUCAACUACGCUCUGGUGAUGUUCGAGAUGCUCCAGCUGCGAGAGAUCGGCCUCCAUAGCUUGAUGAACAUCACCAGAGGAGCAGUGAGGAUCGAGAAGAACCCGGAUCUCUGCUAUCUCUCCACUCUGGACUGGUCCAAGAUCCUGGACUCGGUGGAGGACAACUACAUCAUGGCAAACAAGAACGACAGAGAGUGUGGAGACGUUUGCCCCGGGGCAGCCAUCGGAAAGACGACGUGCCAAACGACCACCAUCAACGGACACUUCAGCGAACGCUGCUGGACCCAGAACCACUGUCAAAGAAUGUGUCCUGUUCAAUGCAAACAUCGAGCCUGCACCAAAGACGACCAGUGCUGUCACGACCAGUGUCUGGGUGGCUGCCUGAAGCCCCACUCAGCCAGUGACUGCGUGGCCUGCCGCGGCCUCCAGCAUGAAGGCACCUGUGUGGAGCAGUGCCCUGAAAACUACUUCACCUACAAAGGCUGGCGCUGCGUCUCCUUUUCCUUCUGCCAGGAACUCCAUAACAGAUGCAAGCGGGAGAAGGAGCACAGCAAGAACGCCGACUGCCACGAGUAUGUCAUCCACAAUGGAGGCUGCAUCCCCGAGUGUCCCUCCGGCUACACCACCAUAAACUCCUCAACGUUGAACUGCACUCCCUGUGCAGGGCUUUGUCCUAAGGUGUGUAUGGGUCUGAAAAUCGUGGACUCAGUCACGGCCGCUCAGGCCCUGAGAGGCUGUACUGUCCUCAACGGGAGCCUGGUCAUCAACCUGCGGGGAGGAACCAACAUUGCUGCUGAACUGGAGGCCAGCCUGGGCCAGCUGGAGGAGAUCACCGGCUACCUGAAAAUACGGCGCUCCUACGCCCUUGUAUCCCUCUCGUUUUUCCGUAAACUCCAUGUUAUUCGCGGAGAGGAGCAGGAAAUCGGGAAUUACUCCUUCUACGCCCUGGACAACCAGAACCUGCGGCAGCUCUGGGACUGGUCCAAACACAAGCUGACUAUCCUGCAGGGGCGUAUGUUCUUCCACUACAACUCCAAACUCUGCAUGAGCGAGAUCCGCAGGAUGGAGGAGGUGACGGGGACCAAAGAUCGGCAGAUCAAGAAUGACAUAGCCUCCAAAACCAACGGAGACCAGGCCUCAUGUGAGACCCGCACGUUGAAGUUCACUCAGAUCCGAACGGGGAGUGAUAAAAUAAUGGUGAAGUGGGAAUCCUUCUGGCCCCAAGACUUCAGAGACCUGCUGGGCUUCAUGGUGCUCUACAAAGAAGCACCUUUCCAGAACGUAACUGAGUUCGACGGGCAGGACGCCUGUGGCUCCAACAGCUGGGUGAUUGCUGACGUCGACCCUCCUCGUAGACCCACGGAUGGGGACAAAGAUCAGUUUGAGCCGGGUCAUCUCAUCCUGCCGCUGAAACCCUGGACGCAGUACGCCAUAAUGGUGAAAACCCAGCUCUCCGCCUCUGAUGAGCACCAAGUCCAUGGAGCCAAGAGUGACAUCAUCUAUGUCCGCACCAACGCCACAAAACCCUCAGUCCCGCUCGACCCCAUCUCCUCGUCCAACUCUUCCUCUCAGAUCAUCCUGAAGUGGAAGCCUCCCAACGACCCCAACGGGAACAUCACUCACUACCUCGUGUUCUGCCAGCGCCAGCCUGAAGCCAGCGAGCUCUACAAGUUUGACUACUGCCAGAAAGGGAUGAAGCUGCCGUCUCGGGUGCCCACGCAGGUCGACAGUGACGAGGAGCAGAAGUGGAACCAGACGGAGGAGCAGGGCCAGGGGACACUGUGCUGUGCCUGCCCCAAAACCGACAAGGAGCUCAAGAAGGAGAAAGAAGACUCAGAGUACCGCAAAACCUUUGAGAAUUAUCUUCACAACGAAGUCUUUGAGAUCAAGCGUUCAAGACGGCGGCGCUCCGUGAUGGGCAUCGCCAACCAAACCUACCCCUUCCUCACCACUGCCCCCAGCCCGACCCAGAGCACUGGCAGCCCGGAUGAUGAGGAUGAGGAAACCUUUGAGAGCACAAAGACCGUUGUCACUGUUCACGCAAAGGAAUCGACAGUCAUCUCAAACCUGCGCCACUUCACCAGCUACCAGAUUGAGAUUCACGCUUGCAACCACCCAACUGACCCCGCUCGGUGCAGCAUGGCAGCGUAUGUCAGCGCUCGCACAAUGCCUGAAGACAAAGCUGACGACAUCACUGGUCCAAUCAGCUUCGAGGUGACAGAAAACACAGUGCUCAUCACAUGGCAGGAACCGGCAGCUCCCAACGGUAUGAUCAUCCUGUAUGAGGUCAACUACAGGAGACUGGGAGACUCAGAGGAGCUUCACUACUGCGUGUCUAGAAACAUGUACAAAGCGACCCGAGGUGCAAAGUUGAAAGUGAUGCAUCCUGGGAAUUACACAGUUAGGAUCAGGGCCACCUCGCUGGCUGGGAAUGGAUCCUGGACCGAGCCAACGCACUUCUAUGUCCAGGACGCAAGCGACCCUCUCCACAUCGUGAAGAUCAUCAUCGGUCCGAUCAUUUGCUUCAUCCUGGUGCUGUGUGUGGCCGUGGUGGGAUUCGUCAUUUUCAGAAAGAAUCAAACUCAAGGGCCGAGUGGUCCCAUCUACGCUUCUUCAAACCCAGAAUAUCUCAGCCCUUAUGAUGUGUACGAGGAGGACGAGUGGGAGGUGGCCAGAGAGAAGAUUAACAUUUUAAGGGAACUGGGCCAGGGUUCCUUUGGUAUGGUGUAUGAGGGCAUCGCCAAGGACAUCGUCAAAGGCGAGCCAGACACGCGGGUAGCGGUGAAGACGGUGAACGAGUCGGCCAGCCUGAGGGAGAGAAUCGAGUUCUUGAAUGAGGCGUCGGUCAUGAAGGCCUUCAGCUGCCACCACGUGGUGCGUCUGCUGGGUGUUGUAUCUAAAGGUCAGCCCACGUUGGUGGUGAUGGAGCUGAUGACCCACGGAGACCUGAAGAGCUACCUGCGCUCUCUGCGACCUGAUGCCGAGAACAAUCCUGGGCGUCCGCCCCCCACUCUGAAGGAGAUGAUACAAAUGGCGGCUGAGAUCGCUGAUGGGAUGGCUUACCUUAACGCUAAGAAGUUUGUCCACAGAGAUCUGGCAGCCAGAAACUGCAUGGUAGCUCAUGAUCUUACCGUCAAAAUUGGAGACUUUGGUAUGACCAGAGACAUCUACGAGACUGACUACUACAGGAAGGGAGGUAAAGGCCUGCUGCCUGUCAGGUGGAUGGCACCAGAGUCUCUGAAGGACGGAGUCUUCACUGCACAUUCAGACUGCUGGUCAUUCGGGGUGGUUUUGUGGGAGAUCAGCACGCUGGCCGAGCAGCCGUACCAGGGCCUGUCCAACGAGCAGGUACUCAAGUUCGUCAUGGACGGGCGAUACCUGGACCGGCCGGACAACUGCGCAGACAGACUACACAACCUGAUGCAGAUGUGCUGGCAGUACAACCCCAAGAUGCGUCCCACCUUCCAGGAGAUUAUCGAGAUGCUGCGUGAGGACCUGCAUCCCUCCUUCCAGGAGGUCUCCUUCUUCUACAGUGAGGAGAACAAGCCGCCAGAGAGCGAAGACUUUGACCUGGACAUGGAGAACAUGGAGAGCAUCCCACUGGACCCGUCGUCCUACUCCCACAGGGAGCACUGUUUGGACAGGGACGAGGCCUCCUCUAUGGGCCUGAGGGGCAGCUACGAGGAGCACCACAUCCCCUUCACACACAUGAACGGGGGAAAGACCAACGGACGAAUACUGGCCCUACCGCGGUCCAGCCCCUCCUAACAGACUGCACACAUCCCCAGCAGAAACGUGUCGAUGAUAUAGAGUUAAAUCUAUUUUUGUUUUUGUUGUCAUUUUAUAGAGAUCACACUUUUAUCACUCUCUCCAGAAGCCGCUCAGUGCAUAUCUCAGGACCUUAUUUUUCUCCUCCAAUGCCACAAACACACUACAGCACGUCCAAACAUGGAUGCCAGACGACACUUUUUGUAUUUAAGGAUGAACCUCCCUCGUCUCUUGUUCAUGAUUGUAGUUUAUAUACUGUAUAUAUAUUGCCAAGGUUGUGCUAGAAAAGGUGAAAUAAUGGAUUCAACUGUGAAACAAACUCUUGACAAACAAGAAGGCUGCUAAACCCACUGUCCCCUCCUGAGUCCAGACUGUUUCUCCUCCCCUCUUUGAUUCAACACAAGGGUUCAUCCCUCAGUUGCUAAGUUUGAAAAAAGAGAAAAAGUGCCCUUCUAUUUUGUCUGUUGCCUACAUCAGUUGUCAUGGACUUGUGUCUGAAUCUUUGUGCGCAUGGUGAACUGAAAAGGCUUUGUGGGAACUCUCUGCUGGAUGGUUACUAAACGGUCCAUCCUUGAACAAACUCUGAUCCACUGAAGAAGCUGGUUAAGGUGGCUUACCUCCUCACACUCUGCAGUAUUUCAAAACGGCACACAGGAUGAACACGGGACUUUUGUCGGGUUGCAUUUUUUUAACUUGUCUUUCUUUCUUUUUUCCCGUUUUUCUCUGUUUUGAGUUUUCACAUCUACAGCUGAAGGAUAUUUAAACUGUUUUCAAAAAACAUGUUUGUGAACGAGUUCCUCAGAUUGACCAAUAGCUGCUUCUUUGGUAUAUUUUAGUGGGUCUAGAAGAUAAAGUAUAUAAAUAUAUAUAUAUAUAAAUAUAUUAUUGAUGUUUUUGUACAUAGCUGAUAUGUUGUCAUUUUCGAGGUAUUUCUGGUCAUAGAAAAUGUUUUUACAUGUUAGUCUCUUAUGUUUAUUUUUUCUAAUCCAGAAUCUCAUGAUAAGUAGCUUUUGGGCUCAUGAUCAACCAACAGCACUUGGUCUUUUUGCUAUGCGAUGCCCAGGAGGAGGAGGAAGAGCGUUUGGCGUCUUCAGCUUAAGAUGUCUGCCCAUCAUAUCAAGAUCAAAUAAAAUAGUGCUGUAAAUAAUGCAGCAAGGUGCAUUCAUGA